AGCCAGCUCCAGCCUGUCUUUGCUCCUUGUUUGGGAAGCGAGUGGGAGGGAAGCAGGCCAAGGGGCUAUAUAACCCUUCAGUGUUCAGCUUCCCUGGACACCACCCACCCGAGAGUGGAGAAGCCCAGCCAAGCAUCAUCAGGAACUCUGUGAAGACCUCCAGCUAUGUGUGAAGAAGAGGACAGCACCGCCCUUGUGUGUGACAAUGGUUCUGGGCUCUGCAAGGCCGGCUUUGCUGGGGAUGACGCGCCCAGGGCUGUUUUUCCGUCCAUUGUGGGACGUCCCAGACAUCAGGGAGUGAUGGUGGGAAUGGGACAAAAAGACAGCUAUGUGGGUGAUGAAGCACAGAGCAAAAGAGGAAUCCUGACCUUGAAGUACCCCAUAGAGCACGGCAUCAUCACCAACUGGGACGACAUGGAGAAGAUCUGGCACCACUCCUUCUACAAUGAGCUUCGUGUUGCCCCUGAAGAGCAUCCAACCCUGCUCACUGAGGCACCCCUGAAUCCCAAGGCCAACCGGGAGAAAAUGACCCAGAUUAUGUUUGAGACCUUCAAUGUCCCAGCCAUGUAUGUGGCCAUUCAGGCUGUGCUGUCCCUCUAUGCCUCUGGACGUACAACUGGCAUCGUGCUGGAUUCUGGAGAUGGUGUCACCCACAACGUACCCAUCUAUGAGGGCUACGCCCUGCCUCAUGCCAUCAUGCGUCUGGAUUUGGCUGGCCGAGAUCUCACCGACUACCUCAUGAAGAUCCUGACCGAGCGUGGCUAUUCCUUCGUGACUACUGCUGAACGUGAGAUUGUCCGUGACAUCAAGGAGAAGCUGUGCUAUGUAGCUCUGGACUUUGAAAAUGAGAUGGCCACUGCUGCCUCCUCCUCCUCCCUGGAGAAGAGCUACGAGCUGCCAGAUGGGCAGGUGAUCACCAUUGGAAAUGAACGCUUCCGCUGCCCGGAGACCCUCUUCCAGCCAUCCUUCAUUGGGAUGGAGUCGGCUGGCAUCCAUGAAACCACCUAUAAUAGCAUCAUGAAAUGUGAUAUUGACAUCAGGAAGGACCUCUAUGCUAACAACGUCCUUUCCGGGGGCACCACCAUGUACCCUGGCAUUGCUGACCGGAUGCAGAAGGAGAUUACUGCUCUCGCACCCAGCACCAUGAAGAUCAAGAUCAUUGCCCCUCCUGAACGCAAGUACUCUGUCUGGAUCGGCGGCUCCAUCCUGGCCUCCUUGUCCACCUUCCAGCAGAUGUGGAUCAGCAAACAGGAGUACGAUGAAGCCGGGCCCUCCAUUGUCCACCGCAAAUGCUUCUAAGACAUGCCCCCUCCCCCUGCCCCCCCCCCCCCCCCCGUCCCCGCUCUGUCUCCAGCACAUAACUGUGAAUGUUUUGUGGAUUAAUGCCUUCAGUUCUUUUCCAAAUCAUUCCUGGCCAAAAUUCUGUUUCGUUGCCUAUGUGUUUUUUAAUAAAUCUGAAAUAUGCUACUAGCAA